CAAGAUGGAGAUUGGAUUGGAGAAAAAGAAAACCGUCCAGGCCACCCAUUACCCACCUUAUCCACCGAAGAAACUCACGGCCUGCACGCUAGAUCAGCGAACCAAACAUGAGUCAUCCGCCCAGCAGUCUCACAUCCAGAGCCAUCCAUCAGAGAAGCACCUGAACGACCAUGGCCUCGCCGCUGCUCAAGCCACACUCUCACGUCGCCGCCGCCGCCGCCCUGCACUCCGCGAGGAGAUCAGCCGACCGCCACGGCCGCUGCCCCGCGACAGUACACCUCGCCGGCAGGUUCCAUGACCACGGGCGCAGCAGGUCCGGCCGUUCUAAGAGAUCCGGUUCAGCGAAGGUGAGCGCCUUGCCGUCGCUGGAGGUGGUGCCGCUGAUGGUGACGAUGGUGGAGCACGUGGACAUGUCGCGGGACUACGUCGUGACCAAGUCCAUCUGGCAUCUCAGCGACGCAGCGCUCAAGAGCGUCUAUACCUUCUACGCCAUGUUCACGGUCUGGGGCGUCUGCUUCUUCGCGUCCAUGAAGGAUCCCUUCUACGACAGUGACACGUACAGGAGCGCGGGUGGAGAUGGAACCGUGCACUGGUACUACGACAGGCAAGAGGACCUGGAGGCGUCUGCGAGGGAGGAGCUCCUGCGGGAGGAGCUGCUGGAGGAGAUUGAGCAGAGGGUUGGGGGCCUCAGGGAGCUGGAGGAAGUAGUCACAAAGUGAUUGAUUAUACUAUACGGGUGUUACAAUCAGUUCUCUAAUAUGAACUUCGUUAGCAAAUAAGUUCAGACUUCUUUACUGUCCUCCUCAAGUCUGUAUAAUGGCCCCAAUUGACGCCUGGAUGAUCGAACUCUGCGCUGCUGCCGUGCAAUAGUACGAUACAUAUACAUACGAUUCAAAGAAGAAAAGGAUACAUAUACAUAUAGUUUGUUUUUUUAACGGAAACAGGAGGGGAGUGCACCCCUACUGCAUGUUAUUAAUAUAAUAAAAGAAAAUUAUUUACAGAA